UACAACAGAAAAAGUCAGAGGCUCGAGCGGGGUGCGCACGGAACAUCAGUGAAUAACAACAACAACGCAGCGGGUCAAAACACUGCGGGCACUCACGCAACUUUUUUUUUCCGCAUGACGCGCAUUUUUUAUCGCCGUUGACGGGUUCCACGCGCUUGGGAUGUGAGCGUCGGCGCGGGGUUUGCGCCCAGACGGAGCGUCCUCUCUCCGGACAGAUUCAUCUCGCGCUCGCGCACGUUUCCGACGCCAGGUUGCUGCUUUUGACGGGCCACAGGUUUGCCACCUUUACAUGACAUUAUAACGGACCCCGUCACCUCUCGACCAUGGCGGAAGCGGCCCAGCAGCCACACCUGGUGGAGAUCGACCCGGAUUUUGAGCCCCUGUCGCGGCCCCGGUCGUGCACUUGGCCACUGCCGCGGCCGGAGUUCAUCAACCCGGGCGACUCCAACACGUCCUCGCCGGUUCCGUCCGUGAAGCAGGAGCCCGGCGGCAACAACGAGUUCAUCAGCAACCUGAGCCUGCUGGAGGAGAGCGAGGACUUCCCGGAGCAGAAGCCGGGCAUCCUGUGCACUGAUUUCCAGUGCCGGGAGAGCUGCGUCCACCAGCAGCCCCCGCAGCAUCAGCCUCAGCAUCCGCAGCAGCAGCAGCAGCAGCAGCAGCAGCAGCACUCGAACCCGCAGCUCCCGCAGCAGCAGCAGGUGCCGCUUCUCUCCUCCCCGGUCGCCUCGUCGUCCUCGGCCGCAGCCGCCGCGGCCGCCGCCGCUGCGCAGCGGAAGAGCAGCUCCUCCCGGCGAAACGCGUGGGGGAAUAUGUCGUACGCAGACCUCAUAACCAAAGCUAUCGAAAGUUCUCCCGAGAACAGACUAACUCUGUCUCAGAUUUAUGACUGGAUGGUGAAGAGCGUGCCGUAUUUCAAGGACAAAGGAGACAGCAACAGCUCUGCGGGAUGGAAGAACUCCAUCAGACACAACCUGUCGCUGCACAGCCGCUUCGUCCGCGUCCAGAACGAGGGGACGGGGAAGAGCUCGUGGUGGAUGCUGAACCCGGAGGGCGGGAAGAGCGGCAAGUCGCCGCGGCGCCGCGCGGCCUCCAUGGACAACAACAGCAAGUUCAGCAAGAGCCGAGGACGCGCCGCCAAGAAGAAGCUGUCCCUUCAGGGCGGCCCCGACGGAGGCGCCGACAGCCCCGGCUCCUUCUCCAAGUGGCCCGGCAGCCCCAACUCCCACAGCAACGACGACUUCGACGCGUGGAGCAGCUUCCGGCCGCGCACCAGCUCCAACGCCAGCACGCUGAGCGGCCGCCUCUCCCCCUUCAUGCCCGAGGACGACCUCGGCGAGGCCGACGUGCACAUGGGCUACCCAGGAGCCCCCGGGGCCAAGAUGACGGCCACGCUGCCCAGCCUGACGGAGAUGACCGGCUCGCUGGGACACAGUUCUGAGAACGUCAUGGAGAACCUCCUGGACAACCUGAACCUGCUGUCGCCCAACAACUCUCAGGUGGGAGGGGGGGCCACGACCCCCGGCUCCUCCCAGUCCUCCCCCUCGCCCAUGAUGCAGCCCAGCCCCGGCUACCCCGCCUACAGCUCCCCCAGCAUGGCGGCGCCGCCCCCGCAGGACUACCGCAAGUGCGUGUACGGCCAGGCGGGGAUCAACAGCCUGUCGUCCAUGCCGCUGCAGACGCUGUCGGAGAACAAGCCGGGCUUCGGGCCCGGCAUCGGCCCGUACGGCUGCCCGGCGGGGCUCCUGAAGGAGCUGCUGACGUCGGACACGGACCAGCACGGCGAGCUGAUGCCGUCGGUGGACACGGUGGCGGCGCCGCCGAGCGGCGGCUGCAUGCUGCCGCCCUACGGCGGCGGGCAGCACGCGGCCAAGCUCAUGGGAGGCGGCAGCGGCCACAUGCACGGCCUGUCGCGCGCGCUGCCCCGCACCGUGCACGGCCCGGCCCCGGCGGCGCCGCUGUCGCUCAACGGCCACCUGCUCAUGUCGCUCAACCACGGCAACGGGCGCCUGCCUGCCGCCAAGAUCCCCAUGCAGGUGCCCUACGGCCUCGCCGGCCACUUCGGCGGCGGGGGCGUGGCCGGCGGGUUCUGCCCCGUCGGCACCAACGGCUACGGGCGGCCCGGCGCGCCGCUGCCGGCGCACGCCGAGAAGCUGCCCAGCGACCUGGACGACAUGUCCAUCGAGAAGUUCGAGUUCGACAUGGAGACGGUGCUGCACGACACCCUGAUGGACGGCGACUCGCUGGACUUCAACUUCGAGCCGAUGGUGCCGCAGCAGGGGUUCCCUCACGGCGUGAAGACCACCACGCACAGCUGGGUGUCGGGGUAGAAGCGGAGCCCCGGUUCCACCCAACUCAGACUACACAAUAACCCUCAUUCUGACAUCACCCACAUUUCUGUUUGAAAUCAAAGCUUUUGUGCUAACGCCAGUGAACGGAGACUGGUCGUGAUCUGCUGAGCUCGCGUCACGGCGAGACCCCUUCAUCUGGCGAGGGCCAGAAUUAUGUUCGAAACAUCAGCGGAUGUGGACAGACGAAGUGCCAAACAUUUUGCCUUAACGUAAGAGCCAAACUGAAACACACCUCUCCUGUUUACUCACCAGGGUUAAGCAAACGAUAGCGCGGUGACACUGCCAAAUGCGUCUCAUCAGCAGCAGCAAAGCCUGUAACGCGCUGUUUACUCUGUGUCCACACCCACAGUUCGUAUGUAGAAAGUAGUGAUAAUUGACCAGCACUACGCCAGAAGAAUGAAGAGAAUCUAGAAUCUGGUUCGUGGACGGCCAUGAGGCCAAAAUGAAAGACUUUCUCAAGGGAUCCUUGGAUCUCACUCUCACUCAAACGUCAUUACAAAGUCAGGUCUCGUAGUGUCUUUUCUACGACUGUAAAUAGGGUUUACAGCACAGAGGCAGCAGAAAUUACAUUGCACAGGAAACAAACUGGAUCGGAGACGGAUGCGUCUCCAUCGGGCCGUAAAGCUGUAACACACCUUCUGACACCGUGUACAUACAUUCAGAAUGUAGUAGAUGUUUACUAGACUUAGUUUAUAUGUGAGAGCUAAAUUAUUCGUGGCAUGUAGACUUAUGCUGGUGCAUAACCUGCACUCAGACGUCGCAGUUGUUCUGAGGCGUGUGUCACUCUGAACCUUAAUACCACAGGAGCCUAUUUAUUGUGCCUAACAAAGUAGAUGUUGACUGCAGGCUUGAAGGGUUUUAUGUAAAUAGUAAGUGUCUACAGUCCAGAAGAUACUCAAUCCAGUAGUCUUGAAGACAAGUACAGUACAGUGAACUAUUGUUUGUUUCGUUUUCAGUUUUCCUGCUUUCGCGAGCGACUGUAAAUUGUUAUUAUUAGGAUUUCCUGAACGCUGUGAAGCCAGGAGGUCGAGGCAGGUCGGCGGACGCGGGCUGUUCCCAGCGCCACCGGUGAUUUCACGCUCGGUCUCACAUGUUGCUCACAAAAAAUGUGCCCGUGAUUCGCGUUUGUCCAAAGGAGCCCUCAGAUGCUGUCCGACGGUUCAGCUUUAACGCGUCUAUGCGAGUCCGCUCGACACGACCCGUUCUUCUGUCAGCUCAAACAUCUAAUCGCUCAUAGCUCCAGUUACCUUUUAAUAACAUAACAUAACAUGUUAUUUUUUUAAAAGCUGCCCCUGAAAAAGCGCCACUAAGUGUUAAGUGUCUUUUCCAGCUUGUAUAUUAGCAUUUUCUGACUUGCUUUUCCCACUCGUUGUCGUAAUAAUGAGUUUAUCAGCCUGUUGGUGUAUUAUUAGAGCCACAAAUAGUGGACACGACUGUGGCGACCUUUGUGAGGACGGUAUCUGUAAACACGGCUGCUUCUCAUUAAGUCGACUGGUUCGGUGGAUGAAAGUCCAAGUGGCUUCGAGAUAACUGAAAACUGCCGGUUCAACGUUAGUUUGAAUUCUAGAAAGCGCCCACAUCAGCCGGUGCUGCCGCGAAGUCCAGCCGGGCCUCAGAAGGCCGGUUCUGGAGCGCGAUGGCGCACGGUCGGACGCCGUGGCAGCGAGAGAGGAGGAAAAUCCAAUUCAUAGCAUUUCAAAAAGGCUCCGCUGAGACGCUGCUGUUUGGCUUCGGAGCCACGUGUUGCCUUUUCUUACCCAAAUGAAAUUUGCCUUGGAAGUCUACGUGAUAGAUUUAGCAUUUUUUUUCAUGUAAUAUGUUCAGAAAUAUAUAUAUAUAUAUAUUUGUGCCGGUCACUCGAGUCAGGAUAAACUGUAAUGAAUCCAUGUAGUCAGUGUCACGGGGUUUACUCUAAAAGAGCUGUACUAAGUAAAUUAUAUCUUUACAUUUUGAAAUGAUUGAAUCUAUGCAUUGUAUUUCUUAAUUUUAUGUUGCUAUUGUUAUGUUUCCUUUUCUCUUGAACUUAUGACAGAGAUAUUUUAUUGUAUAGCGCUGUGAGAUAUGUGGUGUCGUCGUUGUCAAAGAACUCUAUGUUUCUAUGAUAGUUAAAUGGGGAAAAAAUGAAGUUUAUUUAGAGACUAGAUACUGCAGUGAUUGAUAUGCUAAGCUUUUGUAAACUGACAAUGUUGUAUUUCUUGUAUUUAGCUACACUUUUUAGAAAAUAGAAACAGAAAGCAAAUUACUGAAAAAAAUAUAAAGACGCGUCGCAUUUUUAAAAUGAAAAGCAAAAAUGUUAGUCUGUCGGAGAAGUCCUGCUCAAAACGCAGAUUCUGGACCAAUGUUUUGUAACUUUAUGACGGAUAGAAAGAUGCACUUUUACUUACGUUUUAUAACAAAGUGCUCCUCGUAACCAGAGGAACCCAUUGCAUAUUUUAAAACACAAAUCUGUUACAUUUAACUUAUACAGGAAUAGAUUGGAACUGUGCUGUGAUUUGCAAUCGGUAAGAAUAUGUAACUAUGUUCAAUAUUAAUGUAUUAAGACCUGAAUAAAUGUACUUCUGUGUUA